CGUUAAUCGGCAUAGUGUUUAAAUUCUCUUUGGUGUUUUAUGAAACAAAUAGGCAAAUGUUACAUUUAACAGACAUUUAUGAUUAAUCGGUUUAAUGCAAAUAAAUAAUAAUCAGGAAAUAUUCAUUACAUUUCCAUAGCAAAAUGGUGAAACUAACUAUAGAAUUGAUACAGAGUUCCAUGCAAUAUAUGAACCCCUGUAGAGAUCGAGAAUUGGAUCUUAGAGGCUACAAAAUUCCUCAAAUUGAAAAUAUGGGGGCGACUUUAGAUCAGUUCGAUACAAUUGAUUUUUCUGAUAAUGAUAUUAGAAAACUAGAUGGAUUUCCUUUACUUAAGCGAUUAAAGUGUCUAUUUUUCAACAAUAACAGGAUUGUACGUCUGGGUGAAAAUUUAGAGCAAUAUAUACCAAAUCUCGAUACAUUAGUUUUGACUAAUAACAAUAUUUCGGAAUUGGGGGACCUAGAUCCAUUAGCUACAUUGCCUAAACUUAAAUCAUUGUCUCUAAUGCACAACCCAGUAGCAAAUAAGCAGCAUUACAGGGCAUAUGUAGCAUUUAAGUUACCAGAGUUAAGGCUGUUAGAUUUUAGAAAAAUCAAACAAAAAGAAAGAGAGGAGGCUCUUUCUCUGUUCAAAAGCAAAAAAGGGAAAGAAAUGCAAAAAGAAAUCACAAGAAAGGCAAAAACCUUUGUGCCCGGUGGAACCAUUCCAGAUUCAAAAGUUACAAAUCUUACGCCACAAGAAAUACAUAAGGUCAGAGAUGCCAUUAAAAAUGCUACUUCAUUGCAAGAGGUUGAAAGGUUAACAAGAAUGUUGCAAGCUGGGCAGAUUCCUGGGCAAAAACCCUUGCAGGCUCAAAGCACACAGAAUGGACUGCAAGAUGAAGAUGAGGCAAUGGAUACCAAUCAAUCUAAUGGUCAAUAGGGAAUUGCUAGUCCCGGAUAUUAGCUGUAAGAACAGAUAGAUACUUUGUUUUUUCAUUUAUUUUGCUGAAUCGAACAGACCUUCAGAUUAUAAUGCGAGUGAAAGAAAAGAUACUAUACAAAGAGAAACAACUGUAGAAUUAUUCAUAAUUCCAACUUCAUUUCAAAGCCUGCAUUUAUUAAAUAAAGUUUUUCAAUAUA